UUCCUCUAUUCUACGCAUCCAAAAUCAAUCCUAGGGAUCUCGAUCAAACCAUCACUCUUCAGUAUUAACCAAUUUUGACUGACGAUUCUGACUAAAAUUCUUAGCUUCAGAAUCCUUUGCUUAAUCAAAAUAUUCCCAUAAUUUGAAUUUUAAACCAACACUUCCUUGCUCACAAACCCUAGAAACUCAAUGCAGUAUUCAAUGAACAGAAAAAGGUGAAAUUUAUUGGAAAAUUAACUCAAAAUGGAAGCUCCAAAAAAUGAAGAGAGGAUAUGGAGUUGUAAAAGGUGCAAUGAAGGGGCCAAAAUGUGCUACCAACACAUUGUAUCAUAUUUGUUUCCAGUCACCAAGAAGAAUAAUGUUUCUGAGAAAAAUGAGGAAAAAACUGCCCACGAAACAUUCCCACCUAAAGAUGUAGAGAAUUUGAUUAAGGUCAAUGAAAUUGAAGAAGAAAGGAAGAAUCCUGAUGAAGAACAAGGUGAAAAAGCUGAUCUGAAUAAUUGCACACCAAGUGUUUGUGAAAAUGGGCCUGUGAGGAAAAGAAAAAAUACCCAGAAAGUAAUUUCAGUUAGACUAUUAGGAAGUUUGACUAAUAGUAAUAGAAAUGAAGAGGAAGAAAAAAACCCAGAUAAGAGAGAAAUUGAAACUUCACAGAAAAGGCGUCGAAAAAUUACAGAAAAAGGUGCCGCAUUUCUUCGCGGCUUUGAUUUGUAUGAUAGUAAGAAAGUAGAGGGAAAGCGACGGAAUCGUGUGCAUAAUGUGCAAGUGAUUGCACAGUUGGAAGAUGUAAUUGUAGAAGAAGAUAGGAUAGAGAAGGGUACAACUAGUGUGUGUGAAAAUAGUGUUCAUGAGAAACAACCUAAUGUUUCUUCUUUAUCAAGAGAAAAAACUGAUGUGAAGAAGAAAAAACGAAAAUCUAGUGAUCACAUUCUUGAUGAGACAGUAGGAAUUAAGAUCAACUUAAAUACAUGUCAUCAGUGUCAUAGGAAUGACAAGGGGAGAGUCGUUAAGUGCACCAAGUGCAAGAUGAAGCGUUUUUGUAUUCCUUGUAUUACAACCUGGUAUCCAGGAAUGACUGAGGAGCAGAUUGCUAUGGCAUGCCCUAUCUGCCGUGGGAAUUGCAAUUGCAAGUCAUGUUUGCGCAAUGAAGGACCCCUCAAAAAUCGGGUGAAUGAUGAGUUCAAAAUUAGUCAAGAAGAAAAGAUUGAACACUCCAAAAAACUUUUGAGGACUAUUCUGCCGUGUCUGAAGCAAUUCAAUCAGGAACAGAGGGAAGAAAAAGAAAUAGAAGCCAAAAUUCAGGGUAUACCAGUAUCUGAUGUAAAACUUCCACAUUCAAAAUUCCGUGAAAACGAGCGUGUAUUCUGCAACAAUUGCAGAAGUUCCAUCAUUGACUUUCACCGAAGUUGCUCAAAAUGCAACUAUAAUUUGUGUCUGAUUUGCUGCCGGGAAGCGCGUGCUGGACGGCUGCAGUUUUUUGAAGAAAUGUUAUUAGAAAAUGUUGAUAAUGGUUUUCAAUAUCUGCAUGGUAAAACCUCUACUGCUAAAGCAAAGAAAUCAUCUAAAGGCAAAAAUGCGUCUGCUGAUCUUGAGGGAACAACAAAAUGUAAAAACGCUAAUGCUCAAUCAGAUAGAAUUACUGCAGUCAAAGAUGCUCUUGCUGCAUCAAAGAAAAAAUAUGAUAAAAAUUCUUUGGAGUUACUCUUUGAUGAUCAUAAUAAGGCUAAACCUGUUUGGAUAGCUGAUAUAAAUGGUGUUAUACCUUGUAUACGAUCUGAGGGUUGUGGUGGUGCAUCCCUUGAAUUAAAGUCUAUAUUGUCCGAUAAUUGGGUUUCAGAUCUACUUGAGCAUGCUGAGCGCACAAUGGCCAUGUUGGAAUUUGAGAAUACACCCGAUGUUUCUAAUGUAUGCUCAUGCUGUGCAUCUGAUGCUGUCAGCAUGCAGAAAUGUGCUUCUAGAGAAGGUUCCGAAGACAAUUAUUUAUAUUGUCCCGAUGUAAGGAACAUUCAACAUGGACAUCUCAAACAUUUCCAGUGGCAUUGGACCAGAGGGGAACCAAUCAUUGUGAGGAGUGUUCUUGAGACUACUCUUGGUUUGAGUUGGGAACCAAUGGUCAUGUGGCGUGCUUUCCGUCAAAUUGGGAACAGGCUAUUGAUUGUGAAAGCUAUCGAUUGCUUGGAUUGGUCUGAGGUUGAUAUCAAUGGUCAUCAUUUUUUCAAGGUUUAUUCACAAGGUCAAUGUGAUGAUGCUAAGCAACCUGCUAUGUUGAAAUUGAAAGAUUGGCCACCCGAUGGUAAACUUGAGCAGCGUUUACCACGACACAGUGCCGAAUUUAUCAGAGCAUUGCCAUUCAAGGAGUAUACACAUCCCAGGGAUGGAGUUCUGAACCUAGCCACUAAGUGCCCACUAAGAUCUUUGAAGUCAGACUUAGGUCUGAAGACCUAUAUUGCUUAUGGACGUGCUCAAGAGAUGGGCUGUGGAGAUUCUGUCACCAAGCUUCACCUUCAUAUGUCUGAUGUGGUUAAUAUUUUGGUACAUACUGCACAAGCUGCCCAUUUUGGCAAAGGUACUCAUCCUCCUGGAAAUUUGAAAGGUUCGAAGAACGAUAGUGAAGGUGCUCUAUGGGACAUCUUCCGUAGAGAAGAUGCUCUCAAGCUACAAGAGUAUAUGAAGAGAAAUUAUCUGGACUUUGGGCACUACUGUCGUUCUCCAUCAAAGCAGGCUAUUUACCCUAUUCAUGAUCAGACAUUCUACUUAACUCAGGAGCAUAAAAGGAAGUUGAAGGAAGAAUUUGGUAUUGAGCCAUGGACAUUUCAUCAGAAGCUUGGAGAAGCAGUCUUCAUUCCUGCUGGCUGUCCUCAUCAAGUUAGAAAUUUGAAGUCAUGCAUAAAGGUUGCACUGGAUUUCGUCUCUCCCGAGAAUGUUCACGAGUGUAUUCGUCUGACUGGGGAACUUCGUCAUCUGCCUCAAAAUCAUAGGGCAAAGGAAGAUAAGUUAGAGGUAAGGAAAAUGAUUAUCCAUGCUGUGAAGCAGGCAGUAAAUGACCUGGAGACCAAACAUGAGUAAGAUGAUGAUGAGUGAGUUGAAUUCUGACCUGAGCAAGGUGUCAAUCUAUUAUCGUCCUAAUUCAGGUCUGCAGCUUUCAGUUUUAGAUUUUAUCAAAUUUACCCGAAUACUCCCUCCAUUUUUGACACUACACCAUAAGGGAGAGGGGCGCAAGCACUCACCCGCAAAAGGGUGGGGGGCUGAGAGUCUUGAGGUUAUUAUCUUGUACAGAUGUUGCUUGCUUAGAUGUAUCUAGGACUUUUAAGUCUUCUUUUUUUUCUGCAGUGUAGCUUGAGAGAGAAUUCUGGCCAUUUAUUUUGAAGCUGUAUAGUGAUCAGCCUACAUGUAAAUCUGUAUUUUGUUUGUUGAUCAACUUAUAGAGUUAAUAGUUAUUUACUUGUUUUGGGGAUCUCAAAUUUCUUUAAUAUCAUUGAUUUAAUUGGUGUCUUUUUUCCUUA